AUGCCCUCGUUGGACACCCGCGGCCAAAUAUCGGCUGCUGAAAUCGCCUUUUACGCACCUGUCGCGGCCAUCACCCUAUUGCUGAUCAUUCGGUAUGCGUUCAGACGAGAUGCGGGUUGGUUCUUCCUGUUCCUUUUCUCUCUAGCCCGGAUUGCUGGUGGAGCCCUCGUCCUUGCUGGACAGCUCAAGCCUGACCCCUCCCUUUUCAAUGCCGCGUACAUCAUGGACUUCUCUGCCCUCGUGGCUCUUUUGUUCUCCUCUUUAGGAUUCAUCGGCAUGGCUGGACAACACACAUACAGUGAAAACCCUCGAGUAACGAUCGUCUUGAGAUUGGUGGGGCUGCUGGGGUUAGCUGGUCUGGGGUUGUGCAUUGCUGGUGGGGUCCUUGGAGCACAGGCUGCUGCAGAUCAGAACACGGCCACGACCCUCCGUCGGGCAGGCGUGGGCGUCUACGCAGGCAUCUAUGUCAUCCUAUUGAUUGUGCAUAUUGGAACCUGGUCAUACCGAUGGCAUCUGCGAAGCUAUCGUCGUAAUCUGCUGUGGGGAAUUUCCGCCGCUCUGCCCUUCCUGGGAGCUCGUAUGGCCUACGCCGUGAUUGCGGUUUGGUCAUCUUCAGACCUCUACGGACUACAACCUUCCUCCAACGCCACACUCGCAAAAAUGAACCCCGUCACAGGCGAUUGGAUCUUCUACCUCGUCCUCAGCCUCAUCAUGGAAUUCCUCGUGGUAGCUCUCUACCUACUGGCAAGUACGGUUCUUGCCCAGAGACAUCACUAG